AAUAUGUACGAGGGAAACAGGAAUGGAGGCAACUAAGCUGCGGCUUGUUUUCUUCUUUUCUUUUGCCACCCUAAUUCCAAGCCUAUGGGCAAAUAUUACUGAAUUUGAUGAGGUUUGGAAGCAACGUGAGGAACGGGCCUGGAAGAAUACCCUGGCAGCUUACGAACCGGACCCAGAAAAUAUCACCAGCAGCCUGAACUUCAAUGUUAACAUGGCUCUUGUAAAAGCUGGUAAUAGAACCAGGGAAUUUGAGGGUGUUGGUACUAACAGCACGAGGAGGAACUUGAGGGGCAAGCACAUGAAGAACACUGGUCCAUGCCUGGCGACUAACCCAAUUGACAGGUGCUGGCGAUGCCAGAAGAACUGGGCCAAGAACCGUAAGAAGCUGGCAAAUUGCGUGCUUGGUUUUGGCCACAAGACUCAGGGAGGAAAGAUGGGAAGGUACUAUUUGGUGACAGAUAAUUCUGAUGAUAAUGUGCUAAACCCCAAGCCAGGAACUUUGCGUCACGCUGUGAUCCAGAAGCAGCCCUUGUGGAUCAUUUUUGCUCGCGAUAUGAACAUCAAAUUGUCACAGGAGCUAAUAGUCCAAAGCAAGAAGACAAUUGAUGGCCGUGGAGCAAAUGUUCAUAUUGCUUAUGGAGCUGGCAUCACCCUUCAAUUUGUGGACAAUGUGAUCAUUCACAACAUUCAUAUUCAUCACAUUGUUAAAUCAAGUGGUGGCCUAAUAAGGGACUCUGUGGAUCACUAUGGUUUCCGGACGGUAGGUGAUGGAGACGGAAUUAAUAUCUUUGGAUCAACAAACAUUUGGCUGGAUCACCUUUCCAUGUCCGAGUGUCAAGAUGGACUCAUUGAUGCAAUCCAGGGUUCCACUGCAAUCACCAUCUCAAACUGCCAUUUCACCCAUCAUAACGAUGUGAUCUUGUUGGGUGCAAGUGACACCUAUGCAAGAGAUAAAUUCAUGCAAGUCACACUCGCAUUCAACCAUUUUGGCAAGGAACUGAUACAAAGAAUGCCUAGAUGCAGAUGGGGUUUCUUUCAUGUUGUCAAUAAUGACUACACUCACUGGAAAAUGUAUGCUAUUGGUGGUAGCAUGCAUCCCACCAUUAUCAGCCAGGGCAACAGGUUCAUUGCUCCGGACGACCCCAAAGCCAAAGAGAUAACCAACAGGAACUAUGCACCAGAGUCAGAAUGGAGGAAAUGGAUAUGGAGAUCAGAAGGAGAUUUGUUCAUGAACGGAGCCUUCUUCAGAACCUCUGGACCACCCUCACCUCCCCAUUGGAAUUACAACAAUUUGCAGAUGAUCAAAGCCAAGCCUGCAUCAUUUGUCAGAAGGCUCACUCGUUUUGCAGGGGCUCUUAACUGCAAAAAGAAGGUUAAGUGCUAGAGACAAUCCUCAUUUCUACGAAAGAAUGGAGUUUACAAAAAUUUUUAGGUUAUUUUCUUAUAUGUAAAAAAGAAAAAAAAACUGUAAAACUUUUCUUUGGAGUAGAAUUUAAAAACGUUCCAUGGUGUUGGUUUCUUUGUGAAACCAGCUUUUGGGUUUUCUGCGAAUGAAAACAGUUAGGAGAGAAGGUUCAUCCAAUCCUGAAUUUUUCUUUUUUCAAAUUAGAAGUGGAUAG